CAGAACUUCCUCACGUAUCGUGCUGCAGCAGAGACACUGAAUCCACCGCGAGCUUCGGACCAGACCAACCUGACACAAUGUCUCGGUUCCUGGAUUUGGACGAGUUUGGAGAAGCUGCUCGCUUCAUUCGUCUCACCAACCUGGAGCAGCUGGCUGCGAUGGCCCAGGCUUAUGAUGGUACGAAGCGUGUCUGGAUGCCGGACGAGACUGAAGCGUAUGUUGAAGUGGAGCUGAAAGAAGUGAAUGGAGACAAGUCCACUGUGGAGACCAAGGACGGACGGUUUCUGAUCGUGAAAGGAGACGACCUCCAGCCCAUGAACCCUGCGAGGUUCGACAUGUUGGAGGACAUGGCCAUGCUGACUAAUCUGAACGAAGCUUCUGUCCUUUUCAACAUGAGGAGAAGAUACAGCAUGUGGAUGAUCUACACCUACUCGGGGCUGUUCUGUGUCUGUGUCAAUCCGUACAAGUCGCUGCCGGUCUACUCUCGUCAGGUGGUAAGGGCCUAUAAAGGAAGGCGGCGCACAGAGACUCCGCCCCACAUCUUCUCCAUCGCCGACAACGCCUACACCGACCUGCUGCAGAAUCGAGAGAACCAGUCGAUGCUCAUCACAGGUGAGUCUGGUGCAGGGAAAACAGUCAACACUAAGAGAGUGAUUCAGUAUUUCGCCAUCAUCGCUUCUCUGGGAGAAAAUGUGAAGAAAGGAGGAUCUUUGGAGGACCAGAUCAUUGAAGCUAAUCCGGCUAUGGAAGCGUUCGGCAACGCAAAAACCAUCCGAAACGACAACUCCUCUCGUUUUGGAAAGUUCAUCAGGAUUCACUUCGGGACGACGGGGAAGCUGGCGUCUGCCGACAUCGACAUUUAUCUUCUGGAAAAAUCCAGAGUCGUGUUCCAACAGCCCGGAGAGAGGAGCUACCACAUCUACUACCAGAUCCUGUCCAAUCACAAACCAGAGCUACAAGACAUGUUGCUGGUGACCACCAACCCCUACGACUACCACUUCUGCUGCCAGGGUGAGACCAAGGUGGACAGCAUCAACGACGGGGAGGAGCUGAAGCUCACUGACCACGCCAUGGACACGCUGGGCUUCACUCCUGAAGAGAAGUACGGCUGCUAUAAGAUCGUUGGCGCCAUCAUGCACUUUGGUAACAUGAAGUUCAAGAAGAAACAGAGGGAGGAGCAGGCCGAGGCCGACGGCACGGAGAGUGAGGAUAAGGCAGCCUAUCUGAUGGGCAUCAGCUCUGCCGACCUGCUGAAGGGCCUCCUGAACCCCCGCGUCAAGGUCGGAAACGAGUUCAUUGUGAAAGGACAAACUGUGGAACAGGUUAACUUUGCAGUUGCAGCCCUGGCUAAGGCCACGUACGACCGCAUGUUCAAGUGGUUGGUGAGUCGUAUCAACUCGUCCUUAUACACCCCGCUGCCUCGUCAGUACUUCAUCGGAGUCCUCGACAUCGCCGGCUUCGAGAUCUUUGAGUUCAAUAACUUUGAGCAGCUGUGCAUCAACUUCACCAACGAAAAACUGCAGCAGUACUUCAACCACCACAUGUUCAUCCAGGAGCAGGAGGAUUACAAGAUGGAGGGGAUAGAGUGGACCUUCAUCGACUUCGGUUUGGACUUACAGGCCUGCAUCGACCUCAUAGAGAAACCCAUGGGUAUUCUGUCCAUCAUGGAAGAGGAGUGUAUGUUCCCCAAGGCCACGGACCAGAGCUUUAAAACCAAACUCUAUGACAACCAUCUGGGCAAGUCGCCCAACUUCCAGAGGCCAAGGCUGGACAAGAAGCGCAAAUAUGAGUCGCACUUCGAGGUGGUUCACUAUGCUGGAGUGGUGCCGUACAACAUCACAGGCUGGCUGGAUAAAAACAGAGAUCCUCUGAAUGAGACGGUGGUGGUUCUGUUCCGGAAAUCCUCAAACAAGCUGAUGGCUAAACUUUUUGAGAACUACAUCACCACUGAGAUGGCUUCUGAUCCGAAGUAUGAAACCAGACACAGGAGGAAAGCAGCUUCCUUCCAAACAGUUUCCCAGUUACACAAGGAGAAUCUUAAGAAGCUGAUGGCGAACCUCCGCAGCACUCAGCCUCACUUCGUCCGCUGCAUCAUCCCCAACGAGACCAAGACUCCAGGUGUGAUGGAUCCUUUCCGGGUCCUCCACCAGCUGAGGUGUAACGGAGUCCUCGAAGGGAUCAGGAUUUGCAGGAAGGGCUUUCCCAACCGCAUCCUGUACGCUGAGUUCAGACAGCGUUAUCGCAUCUUGAAUCCUUCUGCGAUUCCGGAGGAUUCCUUCGUGGACAGCAGGAAGGCCGUGGAGAAACUGCUGGGCUCCCUGAACAUCGACCACACCCAGUACAAGUUUGGACACACUAAGGUAUUUUUUAAGGCCGGUCUGUUGGGUCUGCUGGAGGACAUGAGGGACACUCGUCUGUCUGAGAUCCUCACCGUCGUCCAGGCCAUGUGCAGAGGGAAGCUGAUGAGGAAACAACGAGAGAAGCUGAUACUGCAAAGGGAGGCUGUGAUAGUGAUCCAGUUCAACCUCAGAGCUUUCUUCACAGUGCGGACUUGGCCGUGGAUGAUGCUGUUCUAUAAGCUCCGCCCCCUGCUCAGGAGCGCCCAGGUGGAGAAAGAACUGGCUGCUCUGAACGAGGACUUCACCAAACUCAAAGAUGCCUUCGACAGGUCGGAGGUGAAGCGUCAGGAGGCCGAGGUGAAGCAGGUGGAUCUGGUUCAGGAGAAAAAUGACCUGUCUCUGCAGCUCCAAGCUGAGCAGGACAACCUGUCGGAUGCAGAGGACCGCUGCAAUCAGCUGAUCCAGUCCAAAGUCUCUCUGGAGUCCAAGCUGAAGGAGAUGCAGGAGCGGCUGGAGGACGAGGAGGAGCUGACCGCCACACUGACGUCCAAGAAACGCAAACUGGAGGAGGAGACGAUAUCGCUGAAGAAGGACGUGGACGAUCUGGAGAUCACCCUGGCUAAAGUGGAGAAGGACAGACACGGACUGGAGAACAAGGUGAAGAACUUGUCCCAGGAGAUGUGUGUUCUGGACGAAUCGAUAGCGUCUCUGUGCAGAGAGAAAGCCGCCCUGCAGGAAGCUCAUCAAACGGCUCUGCACGACCUUCAGGGUCAGGAGGACAAAUGUAACAUGUUGGCCAAAGCAAAAACUCGACUCGAGCAGCAAGUGGACAAUGUGGAAGGUUCCUUGGAGCAGGAGAAGAAGGUGAGGAUGGAUCUGGAACGAACCAAAAGGAAGCUGGAGGGGGAUCUGAAGCUGUCCGUGGAUUCAUUGAAGGAACUGGAGAUCCAGAAGGAAGAGUUGGAUGAGAGACUGAGAAAGAAGGACCAAGAGUUGAUCCAGCUUCAGUCUAAAAUGGAGGAUGAGCAGAGUUUGGUGGCUCAGCUUCAGAAGAAAGUCAAAGAGCUUCUGACUCGCAUUGAGGAGCUGGAGGAGUCGCUGGAGGCGGAGCGGGCGUGGCGCGCCAAAGCCGAGCACCAGAGGAACGACAUCGCCAGAGAGCUGGAGGAGCUGGGAGAGAAACUGGAGGAGGCGGGAGGAGCCUCUACUGCUCAGAUCGCCCUCAACAGGAAGCGAGAGGCAGAUUUCCUGAAGAUGCGGCGGGAUCUGGACGAGGCGGGGCUUCACCACGAGACCACGGCCGCCACCUUGAGGAAGAAGCACUCGGACACGGUGGCGGAACUCGGCGAGCAGAUCGACAAUCUGCAGAGAACCAAACAGAAACUGGAGAAGGAGAAGACGGAGUUCAGACUGGAGGCCGACGACCUGGCUUCUAACGUGGAGCAGCUGUCCAGAGCCAAGGGAGCCGUAGAGAAGAUGUGCAGGGUUUAUGAGGACCAGCUGAAUGAGAGCAGGAGCAAAGCUGAAGAGCUGCAGAGACAACUGACAGAAGUCUCCACUCAGAAAGCACGAGCGCAAACCGACAUUGCUGAAUUCAGCCGUCGUCUGGAGGAGCGAGAAGCUAUGAUUGGUCAGCUUCAGCGCUCGAAGGCGGGGGUUUUCCAGAACUCCGAAGAUAUGAAGAGGCAGCUGGAGGAGGAGAACAAAGCUCGUGCAGCACUGGCUCACUCUGUGCAGUCGACCCGUCACGACUGCGGCCUCCUCAGAGAGCAGCUGGAGGAGGAGCAGGAGGCCAAGGCUGAACUGCAGAGGGCGCUGUCUAAGGCCAACAGCCAGGUGGUUCAGUGGAGAGCCAAGUACGAGACAGAGGCCGUGAUGAGAAUAGAAGAGCUGGAGGAAGCAAAGAAGAAGUUGGUUGUCAAGCUGCAGACUAAUGAAGAGGCUGUGGAGGCGUCUCAGGCCAAAUGUUCCUCGCUGGAGAAAACCAAACUGAAGCUACAGACAGAGAUGGAAGACCUGGUGGUUGAACUCGAACGCUCCAACUCUGCCGCUGUGGCUAUGGACAGGAAGCAGCGUAACUUUGACAAGUUGUUGAGCGACUGGAAGCUGAAGUUUGAAGAGUGUCAGUUGGACUUGGAGUCGUCACAGAAAGAGUCUCGCAGUCUGAGCACCGAGCUCUUCAAACUCAAGAACUGUUACGAAGAAGCUCUGGACCAUCUGGAGACGGUUAAACGAGAAAACAAGAACCUACAAGACGAGAUCCUUGACCUGACAGACCAGAUCGGUCAUGGAGGGAAGACCAUCCAUGAGCUGGAGAGGAUGAAGAAGAUCCUGGACGUGGAGAAGAGCGAUAUCAGAGCAGCUCUGGAGGAGGCAGAGGGCAGUCUGGAGCACGAGGAGAGUAAGACACUGAGGGUUCAGAUGGAGCUGCAGCAGGUGAGGACUGAGAUCGACCGCAAGAUCGCAGAGAAAGACGAAGAAAUCGACAUCCUCAGGCGGGGCAACCAGCGUUCCCUGGAUACCAUGCAGGCCAGUUUGGAGGCGGAGGUUCGAAGUCGCACUGAGGCCGUUCGUCUGAAGAAGAAGAUGGAGGCUGACCUGAAUGAGAUGGAGGUUCAGCUGGGACACGCCAACAGACAGGCGGCUGAGAGCCAAAGGAUCAUCCGACACCUGCAGACGCAGGUUAAAGAGCACCAGGUGGAGCUGGAGGAUAAAGUCCAUUUGACCCAUCAGCUGAAAGAACAGAUCCUCCUGUUGGAGCGACGCUGUUCUCUGAUGACGGCGGAGGAGGAGGAGCUCCGUAUGGUCCUUGAGCAGAACGACCGGGCCCGCAAGAUGGCCGAACACGAGUUGCUGGAGGUCGUAGAGAGAGUGAACAUGCUCUCCACACAGAACUCCGGUCUGAUGAACCACAAGAAGAAGAUGGAGGCUGAUCUGUCUGUGCUGACAGGAGAGGUGGAAGAGGCCAUACAGGAGAGGCGCAGCUCUGAUGAGAAAGCAAAGAAGGCCAUCACUGAUGCAGCUCUGAUGGCGGAGGAGCUGAAGAAGGAGCAGGACAGCAGCGGCAUGUUGGAGAGAAUGAAGAAGAACAUGGAGUUGACAGUGAAAGACCUGCAGGUGAAACUGGAUGAGACGGAGCAGAUGGCGCUGAAGGGAGGAAAGAAACAGCUUCACAAGCUGGAGACGAGAGUGAGGGAGCUGCAGACGGAGCUGAUGGUGGAGCAGAAGAAGAGUGACGAUUAUCAGAAAGGAGUCCGUCGCUACGAGAGAAGAGUCAAAGAGCUGACGUACCAGGUUCGAUCCCCUGCUUCCCUCCUCGUCGUACAGACCUUCUGUUGGGUCUGUGGUGUUUACUGGUUUCUCUCUGUGUUCCUGCAGACGGAGGAGGACAGGAAGACUCUGCUCAGGAUGCAGGAGCUGGUCGAGAAGCUCCAGACCAAAGUCAAGAGCUGCAAGAGACAAGCUGAGAACGCUGAGGAGCAGGUGAGCGGUACCACGGUGCGUUUCAGGAAAGUCCAACACGAGCUGGACGACGCCGAGGAGAGAGCUGAUAUCGCAGAGACGACGGUCAACAAGCUGCGCAUUCGAACCCGCGAACAGACCACCAAGGUCGCCGUGAUCACUGAAUGAAGCUCCUCUGACUCUACAGACGCCAUCGGUGUGUUUCUGGUGUUCGUGGCGUCUCUGAUGUUUGAUUGCUGUGUUUUCGUGUGAUGUGUUUGUGUUGUAUAAUCCAGGAUCACGACUUAAAUCGGCAUCAUCUACUGAUGACGUCCAUGUCAGUCGGUUUCUAUGAUUCUCCACUGCAAAGCAUUUGAGUGAACUGAUUUGUACAGGAAGUGUCGAAGGCAGCGAGAACGUACGAGAUCAGCAGCAGAGUCACGUUUACGGGUUUGUUGGGCACCAAGGUUUCAGCAGUGAGUUCACGCAGCUACAGAUAAAGAACAUGUGUCAGUCAGACCAGUGACUGUAAAUAUAGACAAUAUGACACCUCCCAAAAAUUAAGUCAAACGAUCUCGAUCGUAAAAUGGUAACGCCCAUAUUUUGGCUUCAUUUUUGUUCAACAGGAGGAAGUAGAGACAUGUCAUUGAUCAUCUGUAUGUAUAUAUAUAUAUAUAUAUAUAUAUAUAUAUAUAUACAGUCAUUUAUCAUCUGUAUAUACAGACAUUGGUCAGGCCCUGUUCAAACCUGGUAUCAACAUAAUUCUCAGGUGAUCUUUUUAUCAUUAUUUUCUGUCAUGCAAAACAUUUCGUACUUUGUUUCCAUUGGCGAAGUUGUUGUUUUUAACCGACAUGCAGCAGUGAAUUAAAUGAGAAGAAGAAGAAAUCAAAACAACACAGACUGGUGUUUUCCAGUCAAACCAAAUCAGUCAAGAUGUUUGAUUGUGAUUUCUCUGUAGGCUUUUAGAAAGUUUGAGACUUCGUCAAUAGAGACGACGUGUUUGUUGCAAACUGAACUUCCUCUUUCACAGAGGAUGUCAGCAGGCGAUCUUUAAGUGUGGCCACGUUAAUGUGGACUGAGGCAUCAAAUCUCAAUGCGUCCUCGAGUUACGACUUGUGGUUAGAUAACCCGAGACACAAAACUGAAAUAAAGCACCUUUAAAUCUGAAUUAAAGGUAGGGUUGGUCAUUUCUUUUUAUUUGUAUAAAUCCUCAUCACGUUCCGAUAGCAUCAAUAAAUAAAGUUGUCUGAAAAAACUGUAAAUGUCUGUGGCCCUCGCAGGACGGUAAUAAUCAUUUCAUUCAAACCGAAUGAACUGAUUGGCUGGCGUACCUGUCAGUCACUAGUUGGUGAGCGAGUCACGGAAUAGUUUUCUAGCUUCUAUCAGGCAGUGGGCGUUCCUGUGUUUUGGGGCGGAGCUUUGAUGAGAGGGGGUGCAGUAAGUCGGUGAAACCUGCUGUUGCUUUUCCAGGAUGUACAACCCCAGUUUGUGUUGUUGUAUUGACCGUGAACCGGAUUACUCUCUGGUGUUAGAAUCUCUGUGGUGAACACACUGAGAUCAAAUCUGGUGAUUAGCCUCUUGUAGCUUUUAGCUUCGAGUUGACUGUUCAGCUGCCAAUAGAAAAGCAGGCAGCUGAAAUAAAGAAUAAAUAAAAAGACAACACGAGAGCAGACACAGUCAGAGCAGCUGGAGAGGAUCCUUCAGCAGCUGAAGAGCCUGAUGUUCCUUCAGGAGGUGGAGACCAAACACUGAGAUGAAAGAGAGGAAACACCACAAUGUGUAUCUGACGUCUGGAUGUGAACGAAUAAAGUUGUUACUAACAAAUGAGUCACAACUACUUUAUAAACCAGAGAUACAUCAGAAGUGAAUCUAUGAGUUUUCCUGUUUUCAGUCUGUACAUCUGAUCUGAAUAUUGACGUGUGGGUUUUACUCUAGUUGGUGAUUUUUCUCAGUGUAGUAAAGAAAAAAUAAAAAGGUUUGUGUCUGA